AUGCGACCACCAGGAACCCCCUAUCGUCCGCGCCGUCCCGGUGCUGUUACUCGUGAGCGCCCCAGAGCGACACCAGUUCCCGAGGACAACGCAAAUGAGUUUCGCAAGCCCAACCUACCAAGCCUUGAAGGCACCCCAAGUGCGCGCCGCCAGUAUACAUACGGAGCCGCCGAGGAACCGUCACCCGCCAGACCGGUCUUGCGCGGCGACAUCGUCGACCUCAGCGGCGCAGUCCAGGGCGCACUUCACAGGCACGAGCAGCGGCGUGUUGCGGACGAGCGCCGGCAGUCAAGUCCCAACCUGUUUCUAGAGGAAGCAGAACGUCAGGACGAUGACCAAGAAAGCAGGCAAAAGGCUGACCAGCUCUCAAUGCCUCCGCCCUCAUUCAAGCCAGCUCAAGAUCCGCCCUCAACACGAGUUGACUUUGUACCUCUGACAGAACCCGGGGAUGACAGUGACGCAGACGACAUUCGCAGUUUCGCAACGGAAAGCGAAUUCUUUGACGAUGCCUCAAUAGUCUCAGCCCCAGCUUCUACCACAGCUACCGAAGCUCGCCAAAAAUUCAGCGCCAUGUUGCAGAGGAAAACUGCCGAGCCUCAACUUCCUGGCUCGCCGGAGCUGCCUGCUCUAACGCCCGUAAGGCCCCGCCCAUCGUCAAUUCUUGAAAAUGAACGACCCAGCUCGCCAAGUACACAAGGGACCCCCGGGCUACGCAGCAAUCCUCGACGACCAAAGCAGUCAAAGCGCACAGCAAUUGCUUCUGGGUUUCAGCAACCCAAAGAUGCUACAUCUCCUGCUGAAAGCCGGCGCCCACCCCAGAUGAGUUUUGCCCCGAGGCUCAACGGCACAAAGUCUUUGCCCACAGACCGAAAAAUGAUACCCGUAGAGAGCACUGUGCGAGCGGGAAAGCGUCUAUCGGCACGUUUAGAGUCCACACAACGCACACCACUGCGUCAACGAAGUGGAAAUUCGGACCAUGGGAUUGGCGAGCUGGAAGACGAAACAGAAGCUCGCCCAAGUCUUUUCGCCCAGGCGAAAAGUUUUGCGGCCUCGGUUAGUCCAUUUUCGACUCGCUCAUAUUAUGCAGCGGAUCAUAGCGAAAUGGACGAUGCCAUGCAGAGAGAGAUAGAGUCCAACGAGAGUGAGUCGGUCGAAGGCGAGCAUGGGUGGACAUGGCUAAGGCCCUUGACAUCAUUGCCACACAUUCGCCGCCGCAUGCCUCAUGGUAGCGACGAUAUGCUGGACAACAUCAAUUGGUGGCAGCUACUCAAUCCUUACACCUACUUCAAGGCCUCAUGGUGGUUUGCACGUGAGGCAUAUUUGUCCACCUUGGGAUCUCUCCGCAACCCAUUCCCGCAAAGGCUGAUGGACAGACUGGUUUCUUCGCUGGGCCCAAUGCUUUACUUCACCGCUGCGGUUAUUGUGCUCAUCACAUUGGUCAGCGUGGGGCAUGCUGCCCUCUUCGGCAAAGCCAGUGGCGACCUUAGCAUGGAUCGCCUUCUGUCAAUGCCUGAAAUCCGCUGGCCAAACUUGGGAUCCAUGACUGGCAAGGCUCAUGAGUUUCUGCCUGCGUUCUCCUGGCCAACGUGGGGCCGGUCGUCUUUGUUGCCUGAUCUGACGCAACUAGACAAUGACGGCCUGGCUCGCUUGGACGAAUACUUGAAGCAGUACCAGCGCGAGUUUGAGCGCAUACAGCAAGCUAGUAAGCUACAUGAUAGCUCACUCAAGAAGUUGGAGGCAGUUGUGCCAAAACUGGUGCAUAUUCAGCUGGAGAAUGGCAAACCUGUGGUGGCCCAAGAGUUUUGGCAUGCUCUGAGGGAUCUCAUCCAUCGUGAUGGUGACUUUCUCACAUUUGAGCAGAAGGGAAACAAAUACGAGGUUGCAUCUGAAGCGCACUGGAAAGCUAUUGCUUCUCGCAUCAACAAAGAUCCUACUUUUACGAAGCAGAUCAAUAUUACCAUGGACUCUACAGUGAAGAGCAUGGAGCAACGUGUGAAGCAGGGUGCCGCAGGGUUUUGGGAAGCCUGGAUCAAGAACAAUGACGCCAAGAUUUCUGAUAUGCUUGGGUCAGCCCUGGACGAGAUACAGACUGCUGGGUCCCAGAGAGAGUUCGAUAAACGACUCCAGCGCAUCGUCAAAGAGCAUAUUGACGAGAGCAACAAAGACUCGUCAGUCAUCUCGCGCGAAGAAUUCCUGCGCCAUUUCAAAAAUGAGUUUGCCACACAUCGAGCAGAAGUCCGCUCAGAAGUCGCGGAGCUCCAGCCUCAGCUUGAGAACAUGGUCCGUCAAGCUGCCGAGCUCGUUGGAAAAGAGGCACCCGAGAGCAUGAGCAAGGCGGAGAUCGUUACCCUCGUCCACGGCAUGGUCAACAAGGCCGUGGCAGACAUGAACCUGGAAGCCAUGGCACGCGGUCAGAUUCACUCGCAUUGGGACAGCGUCUUACGCCACCAAAUUAAUUACUUUGGUGUCGGGGCUGGCGCGACGAUAGAUGCGCAACAUGUUUCGCCGACCUUUGAUCCACCGAAGGAUUCCUCGUAUGUGAAGCAGAAGGGUUUGAGAGGCGUACAGACGCCUAUUCCGCGCGUGGCCAUCGAGCCCUGGUCUGACGAAGGCGACUGCUGGUGCGCGGCGCGUUCGGAGAACCCCAGAGGCAACCCGCACGGCGUUAUUCUGCCUGUGCAGCUGGGCCACCGCAUCGUCCCGCAGCAUAUUGUGGUUGAGCACAUUGUCGCCGGCGCCACGACGGAUCCGGAUGCGCGACCGAAAGAGAUCGAAGUCUACGCCGACAUUGACGCCGACCUCCGAGAGCUCGUCAGGGACUUUUCGGCGAUACACUUUCCAGACAUUUACCCUCUCGACGAAGAGGGCCUAGGCUGGAAUGUCAGCCCCGUGAAGCUUCCGGAGCGUUUCGUCAAGAUUGGCCAAUUUGUCUAUGAAGAUAUCCAGCCGCAUGACGGCGUGCAGGUUCACAGACUGAGCGACGAGCUGCUGAACUUGGGUGUCGCCACGGACCAUGUUAUUGUCCGGGCCGUGAGCAACUACGGCUCCAAGACGCAUACCUGCUUCUACAGGGUGCGACUUUACGGGAAGCGCAUGGAUGAACACGACGACUUUCCGUAG